AUGGACUGGCGAACAGCGCCAUGGCUGGCAAUAUUUGUGUUGAGUUGGUGCACGGUACUGGCUAUUGUAAGUUUUUUUACAUUUCUAGAGAUUUAAAAAAAAUUUCAAAAUACAAAAAAAAAAUUUUUUUCAUUUUUUCGAAAUAUUCAAAAAAUUUUUUUUAAUUCAAAAAAUUUUUUUUUUUCAUUUUUUCGAAAUAUUCAAAAAAAAUUUUUUUAAUUCAAAAUUUUUUUUUUCAUUUUUUCAAAAACUUCAAAUUCGCUUCAGGACGACCUUCACUCCGCGUACGAACGCACUCCCGGUAAGAUCCACCUGACCGGGAUCCGUCGAAUAUCGCGGCCGGUGAUUCGCGGCGCACCAACCGCCGUCCGGCCGCAUCCUCAUCAGCUGCCCUUGCAGCACACGGGAACCGAGCAAUUGGAGCAUAUCAACCAAGAGCCUCAUCUAGAGCAUCAUGUGGAAUUGGAGCAUCAUGAGCGGCCGAAAGUCCGCCAAACGGCCGACGUGAGGAUCGGCGCUCCGAUGGCCGCCAUCCCCCCAAAUGUGCCGUCGUUUCCGGUGGUCAAGGAUGAAGAGGAUGGGGCGAAUCACUUCUCGGAGAGCUUGGAAGAGCGUGAGGUAGGGUUGCCGACCCUUAACUGUACUGUUUUAACAUUUUUUUUGCAGUUUUAUCGCAAUUUUUUUGGCCGUUUUUCCUCGAUUUUUGGCAAUUCCAGAGGUUAGGAGGUUCUAGAAUAGUUUUCUUUUUAUUGCUACGGCAUUAGCAAAAAUAAUCAAGUCAAAAUCAACGAUCUUACGAUAUACAGUGGGGGACCUGAUCCAGUGGCAAAAAACGUACCAUUUUGCAUCCGAGAAGCAUCAAAAAUGUGGCAAAAUACCUCCCUCUCCAAGUGAAAAAACUUCGUUUUGAAGGGCUCCCUCACAAAAAGAGCGGGCGCGCUUUUGAAAACGGAGUGUUUUUACUUGAAGAGGGAAGCAUUUUGCCACAUUUUUGAUGCUUUCCGGAUACAAAAUGGUAUGUUUUUGCCGCUGGAUCAGGUCAACCACUGUUUUUUUUUUGAAAUACCCGAUUUUUUUUGGUUUUCAUCAAAUUUCUUUCUUAAUUUUGAAGUUUUGGCAGUUUCUAAAUUUGAUAAGACUACUUUUCCAUUAUUAAUCAAAGUAAAAUUAAUCAUUUUACUACAACUUUUUACGAUAUUUUUUCAUUUUUUACUAAAAAUUAGAAAAAAACUCUAUUUUUUCAAUUUUCAUUUUCAAAAAACUUACAGUAGCCCUAUCCCGACUCCCAAUAAAAAACUAAUUUUCAUAACCCGCUUGUCCAUGUCCCGCUACUCUAAUAUUUUUGCCAAUUCUCUCCUUUGUUCAGCUUUCUCCGUAUUUGCAUCGGCCGCGGCGGCCCAACCGACUUCGUUGGCUUCCCGCCGAAGAAGGACAGUAUUUACGGUCGCUUCAGAGGUCGCAAUUCCAUCAUCCGCAAGCCUAUCGACCGGUCGAAAAUGCGCUGGGUCGCGAGGUGGAACGACAGAGGAGGAUUCAGGUGAGGAAUGGGGCUUUUUGUGUAAUGUCUUAUGUCAAUGUUGAUGUCGUGGCAGUGAAAAAGGUUCAUGUUGGCAAAAAUUCCGAGUCAGAGGUUAAAAUGAGUCCAGAUUUGGUAUCAAAAAGUAUCAGAGAGACGUAAAAUAAAGAUUUUUUUUGGCAAAAAGUCCUUCCGGUAACUUUUGAGACGUUUUUUAAGUAUCAAAAGGUAUCCAAAAGAUUCGAAAAUGCCCUUCGUACAAAAUAAAUGUCCUGUGAUUUUGUCCCACAACUACUUUUGGUAUCAAAAAGUAUCACAGAAACGUAAAAUAAUGAUUUAUUUUGGCAAAAACUCAUUCGGAUCACUUUUGAGACUCUUUUUAAGUAUCAAAAGGUAUCCAAAAAAUUCGAAAAUGCCCCUUGUACAAAAUAGAAGCCCUAUGUUUUUUUCACAACGUACUUUUGGUAUCAAAAAGUAUCACAAUUUCAAAAUAAACAGAUACUUUUAAAAAAAAGUGGCUAGCUUUCUUUUCGAGGUUUUUCUUAAGUAUCAAAUCGUAUCCAAAAAAUCUUAAAGUGCUUUUAUUUACAAGACGUAUGUACUGUUGUCCCUCUGUCAUGCUUUUUGCCAUCAAAUUUGGACUCUUUUUGAUCCUUUUUGAGGGUUUUUUGCCAGCUUGAACUGUAAUGUUAAUGUGCAAAAAUUUAUUAAAAUAAUUAAUAUGUGUUAAGCCAGCUGUCGAUUCGAGGGCUUGCAAAUGUUGCAGAAAUCGCGCUGGCAGAUUUAUUUUUUAGAAAGAAAAGUUUUUGCGCCGAUUUUUAGCGGAAAUUUUGAAAAUUUAUUAUUUUUUGUUCGGGAUUUUUUUCAAAAAAUAAAAUAAAAGUGUAAAAUACGGAGGCUCCAGGUUUUUAAACGUUUUAAUUCUUCGUUUUCCCUCCUUAAAAUACGAUUUUUUUUGAAAAAAAAAUUCAAAGAAUCUUAAAAUUUCGACAAUUUUAAAAGUCCGAAAAUCGCUAACCAAAUAACAAAUUGUAGGCCCGUUGGCGAAAAAUCGGCCCCCUGGUCGGCCCCACUGGCUCUCGUUUCCAAAAAAUGAGACUAGUCCAACAGAAGAACUGGCGGCACCCAUCCACAACUCCAGCUCCAUCUACUACAAUUUCCACUUCUCGGAUCACACAGAUCCCCUCCUCCACCUUCAAAUCAUCUCGAGCGCCGCCCAUAAAGUACGUGACGCCCAGCACGGCAAGGCCUUACACCGCGCAUGUGGUGAGCCCGGCGGAAAUGGCGAUCAAAGCGACCGAACAGACGCUUGUGGACGAAAGUCUGGCCACAAACAAUAUUCGGAGGUGGGUUGGGAAAUUGAUUGUGCACUAAUGGAAUUCUAGGGACUCAGAAGUAGAAAUUUUGCUAAAAAAUUUUAAAAAUUUGUUUAAUUUGCUGUAAAUUUUGAUGAAAAUUGCUGAGUUUAUAUUAGAAUUUUUUUGUCAUGCUUGAUUUUGAUUUGAUUUUUAAUUAUACUACGUAAAACUAUAGUAAAAGUCAAACAAAAUUUGGCUGAUUUCUGUCCAAAAGUCUCAAAUAAUUUUUCAAAGCGGAAGCUAAAAAUCUGGCGUAUUUCUUGUCAAAUUUUAGUCGAAAUCUAGCACGGGAAGUACCCCGAGUGCGACGUUAAGAUUUUCUUUAAAUUUUGCACACAUGUCGGGCAUCAACUAAAUAUCAAUUCAUGAAAGUUUUAGCUCGCGCUUUGCAAGCGCCAUCGAGAUAUUGAACCAUUUUUGCCGCGGAGAGAGCACGCCUAACGCGGAGAGCGGUCAGAGAGAUUAUCUGACCGCUAUUUUGCGGUCAAACGCCUUUUGACCGUAACUUUGACAGUUUCGUGCGGAAAAAAUUGAUUUUUUAUGGAAACAUUACCCUUCACGGUAGAAAUAGGUAUGCAACUUUUCGUGCCGAAAUUCGGCAAAAAGUCCUAAAUUUUCGCCGACUUUCGAUCUAAAAAUCUCGGCUGUCUCUGCAAAGCGCGAGCUAGGAUUCUCACAUAUAUUUUAGACAAAAUUACUCUAAAUCUGUGCCAAGUUUCAUCAAAAUCUGAGCGUUGCACUUGGGGCACUUCCCUUUAAACCAAGUUUCACUAGUUUCUGAACAAAAUUUUAAUUUUUUUUCCGUAUUUAUUUUCAUUUCUAGGAUUUUUUUUUGAUUUUUUCCUAACUAGAUUUUUGCUACUCUUGUCUAACCCCAAUUUCUUUCCAGACAGCCUCCCGCCCGCGUCUCGGCCCCUUCAUUUUCCGAUUUUUCGGAAACCCCAUUGGUAGACAAGCCGCCGAAGCCAGCCCGAGCUUUCGGUCAACAAAUCGCCUCGCCUUUCCCGAGACGGCGGAAUUUAGGACGGCACGUUCAAGGGCCUGUUCUAGCGCCUCUUCCCGAGAAUCCAGCGCCAAUUCAGACGGCUCAAACUCGAAAUGUACUCCAGCCAACAGCGGAUGAUGGGCCAAGGAUAGUGGAAGGUCGGUUUGGAUAGUUUUUGAGGCAUUUUUGAGGGAUUAAACGUAGAUUUAAUAUCGUUUUUGAGGUUUAGGAAGUAAUUGAAAAUUAGUUACCAGUCGAAAAAAAAACUUUUUUUUGUUGAUUUUUACUGAUUUUUUUUCCUCCAAUUUCUUUAAUUUUGAAUUUUAUCGCCUUUCACAAGCAAAAUCACCAAGCACAGACCUAUACACCUAUUUUAAGACAUAUGAAUGUAAUUUUAAAACAAGCACCAAACGAAAUUUUAAACAAACUUAUAUUUUCCCUCCAAAAACUUUCUUUUUCCACGCGAUUUUUCGCCAAAAUAAACCAAUCUAGCUACGACACGAUCCACAUUUUACCACAACAUUGCUCGAUCCACUUUGCACUGUUAAAAUUUUUAGACUUUACACCUUCUGCACUGCCUGUGGCCGAGACUAACAAUGGAGAUUAUCACCAUCGCCAGUUGGGAAUGAAGGCCGAAAAACGCUUCAAGUUGGUGCCAAAUCGACUGUCGUACCGGCCGAGGCUCACAAUUCGACGACCUGGUAAAUUGCGUGGACUUUGAUGGUUUUCGUGGUGGGACUCAGAAUCGAAGUUUUUCUGGUGUUUGGGUCCCACUCCGAAAACUUCUGAGCGUUGGAGUGUCUUCUCAAAUGCUUUUUUACACAUUUUGCAACCUAUAAAAACACUAGGGAUGUUUUCGCGUCGAGACCCGGCUUUUUUUGAAAAAGUCGCUGGGUCUCACCACGAAAGUCUGAAAUAGAAAAGAAUGGUUCUCAACAGUUUUUUGAUUAGUACUAGGCGCAUUUCAAACCAUUUCUGUUGUUUUUCGAAGCUUUUCUUCUCAAAAAAGUAGAUAAUUCCUAGUCUUACCACAUUGUGGGUCCCACCACGAAAACCUGUAUUUCCCUGAAAUUGCAUCCAACCCGCUCGAUAACAUCGUUUGCACUCUAUCACUAACCCUAAACACUAUCUUGCAUUUAUUUUGCUUAAUCUUAGUUAAUUUUCCAAUUGCAGAGAGACUUUGUUCAUCAAAUUUGUUGCUGUUGCAUAAAUCUUAUGAAAUCUUUUGCAGGAGACAAGCCACAAGCCCGCGCAGGCUCUCAACAUGGUAGUAACACCCCCAUCCAACUUCCCGGACUCACUUCUUUUGAUCCGGAUCAACGCCGGCCCUUGCCGGAGUCGAAUUUGCCUCAGCCAAUCGCCGCUCAUGCCACGCCCAAACACCGUGGUCAAUCGGCGAUGAAACGGCCAGUUGUGACGUCGUGGGAUACCGAAGGCGACAGCGGCUCGGAUUCCGGCGUUCCACCCGAGUCGGCGAUAAAAUCGGGGUCUUCGGCGGAUUCCGGCGCCUUUUCGGAUUCGGCCGCCGGUUUCCCGGAUUCGGCCGCUGGCUCCAGCCUUGGCAGUGGAGGUGGCAGCCGGCCGGAUGGCCCUCCACCCGAUGAGGAACCAUCGGGCGCCGCGUUCGGCUCCUUUGGCACACCGCCGCCCGGCUUCAACGAGGCCUUCGGACUCAACGGAGAACUUCCGAACGGCGAGAACGUUGAAGUAGAGCCACCGACGACGGUGGCGACCACCACAACCCAACGUCCAAGGCCCACUCCACCCGAGGCACCACUGGUUAUCCCCGAGAAUUCGGGCUUGCGGCCAGUAGCGCCCCCGAAAGAGUUGCAGGGCGGAUUCGGCAGCAGUGGAGGCAGAUCUCCGUUUGGCGGCGGAGGAUUCGGCGGUGGAGGAGGAAGCCUUGGAGGCAGUGGGUUUGGAGGCAAUUCUGGAGGAUUCGGCGGAGGUGGCGGUGGAUUUGGAGGAGGCGGAGGAACCCCACCACCAAAGCCUAAACCCCAGCCAGAAGGCCCGAAAGGUGGGAAAAAUGCUAUAAAGGAAAUUAAGAUGAAAUUUCCACUGACUCAAAUUGAAAUUUCUAAUCAAAAAAACCCAUAUAAAGUGAGGGACCUGAUCCAGUGGCAAAAAACAUACCAUUUUGUAUCCGGGAGGCAUCAAAAAUGUGGCAAAAUACCUCCCUCUCCAAGUGAAAAAAGCUUCGUUUUGAAGGGCUCCCUCACAAAAAGAGCGGGCGCGCUUUUAAACCGGAGUUUUUUCACUUGGAAGCAUUUUGCCACGUUUUGGAUACUUCCCGGAUGCAAAAUGGUACCUUUUUUCCCACUGGAUCAGGUCCGUCACUGUAUAAAAUGUAAGAUGAAAUUUCCACUGAAACAAAUUGAAAUUUCUAAUCAAAAAAUCCCAUUUAUGUAUACAAUUUUGUAUAGAGUCUGUAGAAGUUAUUGUCAAUAUUUUUUCCACCAAAAAAUUAGUUUUAUAACUCUUGUUUCCAGAAGAAGACUUUUUCACCGGCGAUUCGGCGCUACUCCCCAACAAACGCGGCCCCACCGGCGAUGGCUACGGUCCCCCGGUGUUCCCGGGCCAAGCCAUUCCCCCUCCCGUCCCGGCGGUUUCGGUGGGCGGCGAAGCGGCCGGAAUCCCUCCAUAUGGCGAUGAGAUUGGCGCUCAGCAUGUAAUGGAAGUGACCGAAAACACGCCGACGACUGUAAAACCCUCCGCCUUGCUGAGUAUCCUGAACAAGGCGGACGAGGGCUUCAACCAGGUGAUCAGUCAUGUCGAGGCGGGCACCCCGGUCGAAGCGGCGUUGGUGGACAUCAUGGAGGUGGCGCUAGGCAGUCAGAAAUUGGAUUCGCAGGCAAAAUUGUUGAGUCAUGUGGAUCGAACGAUCGGACUGGAUAAUCUGCAGCGACUGCAAAGGUGGAUGAACACUGGCGGAGCGUUCGACAUGGUCAAGGAGCAGGUGAGAUGAUUUUUUCUUGGUGAUUUUGAUGUUAUAGAGAACGUGUCAUGAUUACGUAUUUUCUAAAAAGAAAAGUUUUAAAAUUUGAAUUUUUAUGAUGUCAUAAUGACUGAUUUUUUAGAAAUUUAUCAUAUUGACGCUGUCAGUGUAUAAAAUUUUAAUGUAAAAAAUUUUUUUGAGUGUCCUAAGGGCUUUAAAAAAUUUAUGGUAAAACGAAAUUUCCAGAAAAUAUGAUAUUAAAGAUGUCAUCAUGACGGAUUUUAUAGAAUUUUUAAUCGAACGCUGAUUUCGAGUUCAUAUUUUGUUCCAAGGAAAAUAUAGAAGAUUUUUAUGUUCGAAUUUUGCUGCUUUUUCAUCUAUAAUAUUUAUUAUACAUAUUAUCCAUGCCCAACGCCUACUACAACAUAAAUAAUCUCAUUUUUUCAGUUCGCCAAGAUCCUGCAAAACUACAAACCGCCUCCAGAGCGACAAAUCACCAUCCCGCCCCAAUUCGAGUACCUUUUGCAGCCGGAGCGCGGAGGAUAA